AUGCGAAAAUCUCUUCUUUUUCUUUCAGGUUUGGCCCUCCUACUGCAUGUGCAGUUGGGUUCUUCUGUGAAGUUGGUAUGUUACUUUACCAACUGGGCUCAGUAUUACCCUGGAGCAGCCAAAUAUAUGCCAGACAAUGUUGAUCCAUGCAUGUGUACUCACCUGAUCUAUGCUUUUGCCACCAUGACUAACAACCAGAUUGCAACUUCCCAAUGGAACGAUCCAACACUCUAUGCUUCCUUCAAUGCCUUAAAGAACUACAACAGUGAACUGAAAACACUUCUCUCUGUCGGAGGCUUUAACUAUGGAACCUCUGGAUUUAACACCAUGGUAUCCAAUUCCCAGAACCGUCAGACCUUCAUCAAUUCUGUUAUUAAAUUUCUGAGGCAGUAUGGCUUUGAUGGUUUGGAUAUUGACUGGGAGUAUCCCGGGGAUUCAGACAGAGGCAGUCCCCCUCAGACUCAGCAGCAGUACUCUGUUCUGCUACAGGAAAUGUAUGCGGCAUUUGUGCAGGAAGCCAGUCAGACCAACAAACCUCGUCUGCUCAUGUCUGCGGCAGUGUCUGCUGGGAAGCCCACCAUAGAAAAUGCAUACCAGAUUCCACAGUUAUCUCAGUACUUGGACCUUAUCAAUGUGAUGACAUAUGACUUGCGUGGUUCAUGGGAAGGAUUCACAGGAGAGGAUAGUCCCCUUUACCAGGGCCCAGCUGAUCAGGGAGAUUACAUAUACUUCAAUGUGGAUUAUGCUAUGAACUACUGGAAAAAUAAUGGAGCUGCACCAGAAAAGCUCAUGGUUGGAUUCCCAGCAUAUGGACGAUCCUACACACUCACUAACCCUUCCAACAAUGGCCUUGGUGCCCCAACCACUGGUGAUGGUCCUUCUGCUCCAUACACACAGGAGGCUGGAUUAAUGGCAUACUUUGAGAUCUGUAGUUUCUUGAAUGGUGCUACAGAAGUAUGGAACAGUCCACAAGAUGUACCCUAUGCGUAUAAGGGAAGUCAAUGGGUUGGAUAUGACAACCAGAAGAGUUUCCAGAUCAAGGCAGAGUGGCUGCUGAAGAAUAACUUUGGAGGUGCUAUGGUAUGGGCUCUUCCCUUGGAUGACUUUAGUGGGACUUUCUGUGGCCAAGGGAAAUACCCUUUAAUGAACACACUGAAAUCAGCUCUGGGAAUUUCUUUCCCAAAUUGUAAUUCACCAACAGUAACAGCAGCACCAAAUACAUCAGCAGGUCUAACGACUUCAAUUACAACCCCUGCCAGUGGUGCUGGAAGUGGCAGCAGCAGUUUCUGUGCUGGAAAAUCAAAUGGUCUUUACCCAAACCCAACAAGCAAAAAUGGUUUCUAUAACUGUCUGAAUGGGAAAACAUACCAGCAGGCCUGCCAAUCAGGCUUAGUGUUUGAUACCAGCUGCAAUUGCUGUAACUGGGCAUAAACAGAAGA